AUGGAUAAGCCAGAGAAAGACGCAUCCCCACCUAAUGAAGCCGAACUUGUCGAACCGCGAGAUGACGUCUCGAAGGGAGAGAACUCUGCGUACCAGCAAGGCUGUCUACAGAAGUACACGUCCGCCCGAUGGGUGCUAGCCUACCAAGCUUGUCUUGCCUAUCUGUUCUACAUGGCACUACCGCACGCUAUGGGCUUCGCUAUAGUGUGUAUGACGACACAAGGCAAAGGUCACCAUGCCAACACGUCCGACAGUUUCAACAUGUCGAACUCGAGUUAUAGCUCAGUGAAUAUGCCAGAGUUUCAAUGGGACAGUACAACGCAGGGUUUAGUGCUCUCGUCAAAUUUCUUUUUAGCUUCCUUGUCACCUCUGAUAGGUGGCGCCCUCUGCCACAGAUUCGGUGGCAAGAUGGUGGUGUUGAUUACCUCCUUCAUCUGCGGGGUCUGCAGCCUAUUAACCCCUCUGGCGGCUAGAACACACCUGGUCUUCCUCAUCGUUGCAAAAGUACUGCAGGGAUUCUGUGGGAACAUGAUCUUUCCAGCAACAAAUGACCUCUGGUCAAGGUGGACCCCUGGGGGAGAAAAAGUACAACUAGUUUCCGUCGGAUUUUCAGGUGGAACGCUGUCCCAGAUAGUGUUGUUCACGAUGUCCGGCUUUCUGUGUACCCUGCCUUUUGAUAACGGCUGGCCAUUAAUCUUUUAUGUAUUAGGUGGCGCAUGCUUGGUGUGGUGUGGCGUGUGGUGUCUGACGGUGUUUGACUCUCCCGAUGUUCAUCCGAGGAUUUCAAGUGAAGAGAGACAGUACAUCAAUAACACUCGAGUUGGUGUGGUCAAACGUCGCGAUGAAAAGAUCCCGUGGCGAGCGAUAGCCACGUCACCAGUUUGUUACACAAUCAUGCUGGUCAUGUUCGCGCACCAAUACACAAUGGUAACUCUCGCGGCCUUCGUUCCCACCUACAUGAACAGCGCCCUCAAGUACAGCAUCCCAGAGACUGGUGUCAUGUCGGCGGUACCUUACAUUGGCCGCUUCGUAUCUUCGUAUUUUUGGGGUUUCUUGUCAGACAAGCUUCGGUUCUAUCUGUCUGUUACCAGUGUCAGGAAACUCGUUCAAAUUGUUGGGUUCGGCGUGGCUGGCACUCUGACUUGUGGACUGGGUUACGUGACUGAAGACACGAGGCUGGCAGCAGUCUGUGUCCUGACGGUCAUCAUGUUCUGCCAUUCCUCAACGUUGUCAUCCAGUGCACAGCUUCCUCUAGACAUAGCUCCACAGUUUGCAUCGAUACUCACAGGGCUGAUGUUUGGUGUGGGCAACCUUGGCGCCACUGUGUCUCCACUAAUCACCGCAUACAUCAUCACUGACAGAACCAUGGAUCAAUGGCGGACGCUAUUCUUCCUUAAUAUGGGCAUAUUCUUAGCUGCCAGCGUUGCAUUUCUUGUGUUUGCAAGCGGAGAUAUACAACCAUGGGCAGAUAACACUGUUCAAAGGGAUCAAGAGUUGACAGAAAAGCAACCACUAAAGCAGGGAGCGGAAAUUACAUUGAACUGAACAAGGAGCAAGUGUGACUCUGUUGAUAUAGAUACGACGUUACGACUUCUUCCAACAAUAUGACACACCCUCGAGGCAAAUCUACGUUUCGUUGCAUGUGUUUUGUUGAUGACAAGGCAUUGGAAGCUGUCGGUAUCGAUCUUCACAGAACAAUGCAAGCCAGAUGAUCAGAAGGAACGGAAAUCGUCAACUGCUAUUUGAACCUUUCCCCGAAAGACAUAUAAUUCAAUUUCAAGAAAGCAACUUGAAAAGUUUUUAUGUCUUUGAAUAAAUUAUCCAUACGUCACCUCUUUUGAACAAGCAACAGUACGAACAAAAUGACGUCAUCAAGGUAUACACAUCCAAGCCCUCAGAGAGCAUCAAAACGUUCGCCGCUGAAGUUAUUUUUUGUUAGGAAUUAAGCCGGAUAUAAGGUAUUCCAUAAGUAAUAAAACAAACUCAAAACUUA